GCUGCGAGCAGUUGUUGCUGCUCCCCUUUAAGUUUUUGGAACCCCCCUUUGUUCGUUUUUCGGCGCCCCUCUUGUGUCGGCCGCUGCCCCCUUUUAGCUGCGCCCCUGUGCAUGUGCGAAGUACCGUUAGCGUGUGCGAGAGCGGGACGGAGGCAUGUGCUGGGUCACAAUGGCCCGCAAGGACGAUCCCGUUUUCAACGUGCGGUUCGUGCAGUUCGUCGAAAAUCAGCCCUGUUUGUGGAACUACACACAUCCGGGAUAUAGCAAAAAGGAGGAGGUGCAGAGGGCGUGGCAGCAGGUGGCCAAUGAGAUCAAGGACACGGUGCGCAACUGCCGCGAGAGGUGGCGCACAAUAAGGAGCAGCUUCCUCCGAUCCCUGAAGCUGGCACACACACAAACGGGUCGCGGGAAGCGCAAAUACUACCUGUCCAAGUACCUGCAGUUCCUCAUUCCCUACACCAAGUCGCGAUCCUGUCAAAAGCAGGUGACAGCUGCCACCGGAAGUCCUGCGGCUGGCAUGGUCCUUCGGAAACCGGGUAAUGCCACAUCGUCCGCCAGUGUGACCAUAUUUCCGGAUCGAAAUCAGCAGGAGGACGUCGAGGAGGAGGCGGCGGAGGAGGAGGAGGCCAAGGAGAGCGACAGCGAAAUGCCGCUGGAUGUGCAGGUUGCCGAGGUGGAGGAGGAGGAAACCUCGUCUCCUAGGAGAGAUCAGGAGCCACCCACCGCCUGUUUGCCUCUGCGCCUGCAGGCCAUCAAGGUGGAGCAGCCAACCACGAAUCACCAGCUGGAGAGGAUGGUGAACCAUCAGUCCCUUGUCACGGUGCCGGCCGCUGCUCUGGGUAGCCACCUGGACUGGACGGAUCUGUCGCAGUGGUUCAAGGGCAACCACCUCAGUCACCUGAAUCACACCACGCCACCGCCGCCGGCCACGCCAGCCUUGGGAUCCAUUCCAUCGCCACCGGAUGCCGACUACUCCUUUCUGAUCAGCCUGCAUCCGUACCUCAAGGAGAUGAACGGCAAGCAGAAUCGGCUAUUUCGCCAGAAGGUCUACGGUCUCAUCGACAAUAUCCUGGAUAACUUGGAUGUUUAACUGUGCGAGGAUCUACACACGAAAAUAUUGUAUUUGGGUCAGUGAUAGGAAUUAUUCAAAUUUGCUUUAAUUGGAAGCAAGGUCACAUUGCGUCAUUUGAAAAAAGAAAAUCAAAGGAUAAAUAGCCUUAAUCUUAAUUUAAAAAGGCUUUUAGAAAAUGA